AUUACAAUACCUCCAUUUGCGUUUCUUCCAGUCUGAGGCUAUGCCACUCACUGUUGUCAGGGUACAAAAAGAUAUCGACUCUCGUAGUCCUGCAUAGGAUACGUACCAAAACCGGUCCAACGCGUAGCAAUUCCGUCCUCGAAUGUUCCGGAUCCAAGGGGGUCAUAUCCCUCAGGACCCGUACCAAAACCGGUUUGUUCUCGAGCGUGCGUGACUCGAAACAGCCAGGAAAAAUCGAAUAAAUGUUGCUUUAUUACCGCAAAUGAGCUUUCACCUCGGCUGUGCUUCUCGUUUCCGUGUGCUUCUGUUGUUCAGGUCUAGACUGGUCCUGGUCCUCUCUACUACAGCGUGCUUGUAUGCGCUUGUGAAAUUGACCAUGCUACUGUGACCUUCAGUGUAGAUUUUCGUGUCCGAGAAUCGUAGUGUGCCGUAAUCUGCUUCUAGUCCGAAAGCAGCAUAGGCGGCAGGUGCGAUCAUGGGUUCGAAUGCUGCGUUUCUGAUUCCGGGAAUUCCUGACGACGCUGCGCUCAUGUGCUUCGCGAUGCUGCCGCGUGGGUGCUAUGGCGUCCUAAAGUGCGUCAGUCGCCGCUGGAAGGCGGCUCUAGGAGACGAGCACGUGUACAGUUUGAGAGAACAACUAGGCCACAAAGAAAGCUGGGUGUACGUCAAUGUUUUCCACCACCCUCCACCUUCCACCACCACCAUUAAUUCCUCCUCAUCCGCCUCCUCUUCGUUUCGGGGAGGCCAGCCACCCAGCCGCAUUCGUGUGGACUCACUCUAUGCCUUCUCCCCAAUCCUCCACCAAUGGUUUUGUUUAAGCGAAACCACCUCGUCCCGCUCGUCACGCCGCAUCAAGAUGGUGGCAGUGAAGCACAAGCAGUAUAUUUUCGGAGAUGACUUCAUUAUCCGUGAUGCCAUCACUGGCGCCUGCACACCUGGACCCCAGUUGCCGUCUGACACUUACCUCAGCGUCCAGCUGGCGGCUUCUGAUUCGCACGUCGUUCUUGUCAGCGCCACGCCACAGGUCGUUUUUGGAGAUCCUGAUAGCCCUGGAGAUGUCAUUGUGCAUGUGCUGGCGGUGGAUGAAGCGGGCAUGCCACAGGGAGAGUGGCAGAGACUGCUUCCACGCAGGUGGACAGGCCUUGUCUCUCUGCUUGCUCACGAGGGAGGCCUCUGGCACCUGAUUGGUCGAUGGGCGCAGGGCACACAGGGUAGAGGAGGUGGGGGAGGGGGCCGGGGGAGGGGACGAGGAAGGAGGGGAAGCGAGAGGCUGCGGUACAGAUGGGACCGCCAGAUGGCAUCGUUUGACCCGCGCACUCUGCAAUGGAUACAAGAGGACGAGGAGGAAGAGGAGGAGGGUGAGGGUGAUGAUGAUCCUUUGUUUGGGCAAGGAAUGAUGCAUGGAGACAUGGAUGCAGCUGCUCCUUUUGGUGGUGGUGACAAUAAUGAAAGUGACUCUACCCAUGCAGUGGAAAUCGACUAUGGGGAAGGGCCGGGGGGGUGUCACAAGCAGCUGCUGCUGCAAGCGGCUUCAGCCUGUGAGGUGCUGAGGCACAGGCAGCAGACUCUGGGGCCAGACUUGCUGGCGCUGCAAGGGGAGGACUUGCAGUGGGAGAUGAGGGGCUUGUUGACACGUGGACCUCAGCCAUUGGUUGCUGAUGGCCAGGGACGCGAGCAGGGGGGAAGAGGUGGAGAGAAGGGGAAGGCGAAGGAGGGUGUGUUGAUUAAUGAAGAGAAUGUGGUGAGGGUGAUGGCAUCGGGAGGAACAGGGUUGUUCAGCAUUAUUGGGGACCAAAUGAUGAUUGUUCCUGUAGCUGCCAAUGGUGAGUACUUGACCGGGCCUGGUGAUUGUGUAAGUGAAAAGCUUGCGACUGAUGCUACGAGUGCUCAAAGUGUUUCGAGCAGGAAGGGAGGCAUGUUGUGCUUGCUGCGAAGGGGGAGGGACAUGGUUGUUUGGGAAAACGGUUUAAGUCGUGUUCUUGAAGCCCCAAUUCUUUGGGGUGAUCAGAUUCCAGGUGGUGCUUUUGUUAUGAGCAUAUGAAAAUAAUGUAUCUUGCACAUUGCUAAUAUUGGGAUACAUUGUCGUGUUCUUGAAGCCCCAAUUCUUUGGGGUGAUCAGAUUCCAGGUGGUGCUUUUGUUAUGAGCAUAUGAAAAUAAUGUAUCUUGCACAUU